GGUACAGAAAAUCCCGCGACCUAGUGCCUAGUACAGCACUUCCGCCACUGUUCAUACAUUGUUUGAAACGUGUUUCAAACGGUUCUGUUUUACAAAACUAUCUGAUCUAACGAAAUAAACAUGAGCAAAGCACACCCGCCCGAGCUGAAAAAGUUUAUGGACAAGAAGCUUUCACUUAAGCUCAAUGGUGGCCGUCAUGUUCAGGGCAUCUUGCGAGGAUUUGAUCCCUUCAUGAACAUGGUCGUAGAUGACAGUAUAGAAAUGGCUCCUGGAGGACAAAUGAACUCCAUUGGGAUGGUGGUGAUUAGAGGAAACAGUAUAAUCAUGUUGGAGGCUCUUGAACGAGUAUGAGGAUGAUACCCACUUUUUUCCCCCCUGCUUUUUUUGUAUCCAGCAAAUAUGGAAAAAAAUUGAUAUCUCAUGUCUGUUCACAACAAAGACGUAAUAUUAAAGCAGAAAUCCUUGAUUGUGUUGAAAAAUAUUGUUUUAUAAACGCCUCCCUUGUUUUAUGUACUUUCCUACGUCUGUAGAAAUGUGUGUACACAAUUCAUACAUUUUUGUGAAUAAAUGGACUACAGUGCGAUUAAUCCAAAGUCUUUUUUUGUUAUUCACUUUUCAUUAAUAUUUGAUUUCAUAUUCAAACUGUGUCAACAUUUCCAUUGCCUUGGUAGCUGUAUGCAUUUGAAGCAAAUCAAUCAUCUUGACUUGUUAGGAUUUCAAAGAGUCCAAUUCUGUUAAACUGUACAAUUUGCACAGUGUACAGUUAUUCUUUGUCUAAUCUAGCAUUAUUAGAUAUGUUUUUUUCUGUUGCCCGUGAUAGGACAGGAUAUGAUAAUAAAUGUCUUUGUCCAAAAAAAUUAAUU